AUCGCCUGUUUUCUCUCUCCAGCUCGUGCCUAGGCCACGACGGCGCCCCUCUUUGGCUGACCGGCGGCCAACACCCAGCCCUGAGGCUGGAAACUUCCGGGCUCUCGGCUCUCUCCCGUCGGGGGAGAGAGCGACUCCACCUACCCAUAACCUCCUGUUGGAGUCAAAUAUAUUCACGCCUCCACGGGUCAACAACGAGCAAGGCCCAUUACAAAGUGAGGUCCGCAAGGGGCGCGAGAUCAUCUCCCUGUCCCUGGUGCUUGGUCAGAGCGGAGGCGGAGCGCAGCCAGACGGGGCUGCCAGCUCCUAUCCCAGCCCGCGAGGGGGCGCCGCGUCCCCAUGACAACGCGGACACCCCACCCCACCCCCCAGCCUCCCCGGAGGGCAGCGCCCCCAGCUAAACAGACGUGGUGACCGUAGGCGGUGCUCCCACAGUGCCCGAGCGGGGAGCUGCCUGUCGGCCCCAGGGAAGGGCGCGCGUAGCUGGGGUCCCCGACGCCCCAGGUGGUGCCCCCCGCGUGUCGCUGUUGGGUGGCCGGCCCGGGGCGGGCGGCGGGGCCCCAACAGGAUUGGCUGCUUCCCCGUGACAUCACGCGGCUCGGGGAAAAGUGCGAGCGUGAGCGCGAGUCGAAGCCACAGCGCUGGGAGCUGCGGGCGGAGCAGGGGCCGCCCCUCGGCUCCCCGUCCCCGCCCUCGGCCCCGGCCCGGCCGUCCGCCCCGCCCGCGGGACCGCCCGUUUGUCCCGCUGUCCGUCAGGUGCGAGGGAAGCGGGGCGGAGGUGUCUGAUACUGCCGGCCCACUCCUGCUAACCAAAAUGGCGAACUUCACACCAGUCAAUGGCAGCUCCAGCAACCAGUCUGUGCGCCUGGUCACAUCAACCCAUAACCGCUAUGAGACAGUGGAGAUGAUAUUUAUUGCCACAGUGACAGGUUCCCUGAGCCUGGUAACUGUUGUGGGCAACAUCCUGGUGAUGCUGUCUAUCAAAGUCAACAGGCAGCUGCAGACAGUCAACAACUACUUCCUCUUCAGCCUGGCAUGUGCUGAUCUCAUCAUAGGCGCUUUCUCCAUGAACCUCUAUACGGUGUACAUCAUCAAGGGCUAUUGGCCUCUGGGUGCCGUGGUCUGUGACCUGUGGCUGGCCCUGGACUAUGUGGUGAGCAAUGCCUCUGUCAUGAACCUUCUCAUCAUCAGCUUUGACAGGUACUUUUGUGUCACCAAGCCCCUCACUUACCCAGCCCGGCGCACCACCAAGAUGGCAGGCCUCAUGAUUGCUGCUGCCUGGGUCCUGUCCUUUGUGCUCUGGGCACCUGCCAUCUUGUUCUGGCAGUUUGUGGUGGGCAAGCGGACAGUGCCAGACAACCAGUGCUUCAUCCAGUUCCUGUCCAACCCAGCAGUGACCUUUGGCACAGCCAUCGCUGCCUUCUACCUGCCCGUGGUCAUCAUGACAGUGCUCUACAUUCACAUCUCCUUGGCCAGUCGCAGCCGAGUUCACAAGCACCGGCCUGAAGGCCUGAAGGAGAAGAAAGCCAAGACUCUGGCCUUCCUCAAAAGCCCCCUGAUGAAACAGAGCAUCAAGAAGUCCCCACUAGGGGAAGCUGCUCAAGAGGAGCUACGCAAUGGGAAGUUAGAGGAGGCCCCUCCGCCAGGUCUUCUACCUCCACCAUGUCCACUGGCUGACAAGGACACUUCCAAUGAGUCCAGCUCGGGCAGUGCCACUCAGAACAACAAGGAACGGCCACUCACAGAGCUGUCAACCACGGAGGCCACCACACCUGCCACGCCUGCCCAUCCCCUACAGCCACGGGCCCUCAACCCGGCCUCCAAAUGGUCCAAGAUUCAGAUUGUGACGAAGCAGACGGGCAACGAGUGUGUGACAGCCAUCGAGAUCGUGCCUGCCAUGCCAGCUGGCAUGCGUCCUGCAGCCAAUGUGGCCCGCAAGUUUGCCAGCAUUGCCCGCAACCAGGUGCGCAAGAAGCGGCAGAUGGCGGCUCGGGAGCGCAAGGUGACCCGGACCAUCUUUGCCAUUCUGCUGGCCUUCAUCCUCACCUGGACACCCUACAAUGUCAUGGUCCUGGUGAACACCUUCUGCCAGAGCUGCAUCCCUGACACAGUGUGGUCCAUUGGCUACUGGCUCUGCUACGUCAACAGCACCAUCAACCCUGCCUGCUAUGCUCUCUGCAAUGCCACCUUUAAAAAGACCUUCAGGCACCUGCUGCUGUGUCAGUAUCGGAACAUCGGCACUGCCAGGUAGACAGAAGGGGGCCAUGGGUUGCAGUGAGUGCUGAGCCAUGUGGUCUCCCACGAGGCUGUUGGGAGAGAUUUGGAAGCAGCUCUCUGUAUUUGUGUUCACUGAAGAGAACUGAGGUCCCCAACACCUUGUGAAGCUCUGGAAGAGGCUCUGG